AUGGCAGUGAUUCAGCUGGUCGUGGCAAUAAUUCUCUCACUUAUUGCCACUUGUGGAAAAUGUGUGCACGUGCUUUUGGGGGACCCGGUUACGUUUCCAGGGACUGAAAACUGUCUGACAGGUGAGCCGGCCAAACUUCACCGGGUCGGAGAACACAGCACCUCCCUGGUGGCUCAUCGAGAGCAAGGUGUUUGGUCCCCGGCCUGGGACUACAAGGACCGGGUGAAUCGGGGCGCGUCCUUUGCCUUUAACAGCACCGUUUACACCGACAAGGGACUGUAUGUGUUGGGAUGCGGCAGCCGCGAGGAACGCACUUACCUCUAUGUGGUCAUAGGCUUUGAAGCAUCAGUCAACGAGGGGGAGCCGGCCAAACUCAUGUGCUACAUUAGCGGUCAACAUGUGGACGCUAUACGGUGGGAAAAGGGCCAAGAGACGCUGCUAGAGCUGAAUCUGUCCUCCGGAGAAAUCCAAUACGCACCAGGUUUGGAUGGGAAACUGUCUCUGUCACCCGAUGGGAAACUAGGCGACUACUCGCUCAUUCUCAAUCAGGUUCUGUCGGAGGAUCAAGGUGAUUACUUUUGCUCUGCCCACGCAAACGGCGCGCGAGAGCAGUGGGGUGAACCCGCAGCUGUGAAGUUGAGGGUCAUAAGCAAAAAACCCGAUCCGAUGGGUACCCGCCCGACGCGCACUCCGACAAAGAGCGUCACUAAAGGGGAACACAUGGGAACAUGGGCCAUUGUCGUCAUAACAGCAGCUGUGGUGUUUUUAAUUGGGGUCCCUCCAUCCAUUCUCCUUGGCUGGUACCUGAAGUCCCGCAGAGCCCCACAUGGAUCCGGUGUUGGACGAUACACAGUGUGUGGAGCUAUACGGUGACCCUCCGUGUCGCCCCCCUCAAGCCAAUGAGUGCACUAUGCUGUCAUCCAAAGUCUAAAGACAACCAAAUCUAAAGAAUUAUAACCUUUACAUUUAUUAUCAAAAUGUAUGUGUUUCUAAAGUUACGUGAACGUUUCCUAUAUAUUUUUAAAGCAAUAUUUUCAAAGACACUGUAGAGCCUCGACAAAAGCAGGUGGGAUUUUUGUGUUUGUUGGGGGGGGGGUAGUUGAAGAACAUUAUU